GUUCACGUCAUGGAGUAAGCAGCGAGUGUUGUAUGUACUCAGAGCCUCAAUGUAAAUAUCAGGUCUGAUGAGUGGCAUCAGCGUCGACCUUAAAAACUGAAGUGCUAGAACUAGUGCCCGGGUCUUUGCAACAUUUUUAGAAGAUUUCAUUAAGAAUUAAUGUUUAAGUGGUGUUUAAUCGCAGAAUCAUGUUUCAAAACAGUUGAUAUUGAGCCAUAUUUCAUAGAGAGGAUUGCACUGUUUAUUUUCGGAUGUAUCUCUAUUUAAAGUUAAUCAAUAUGCCCCAUUUUAAUAUUGCAUUGAGAAAUCGCCAUUAAAUAGCCGUAUGUGUAACAAUUUCAGAUUCAAACAAUUAUUUUAUAGAUAAGAAUACUAUAUUCAAUAUUACGACCCCUUUUAAUGAUUUGUUUUUGUAUAAAACGUGACUUGGUUAUGCACGGAUUACAACGCGUCCCAUAUAAAGGUGUCAGGUUACAGGGUCACGAGAUCAAUUAGUAAAAGGUUAAUGACUUAGAAACCCAUAAAUCUGAUUGGAGAGACGUCACGGUCCCUCUAUCACAUUAAGCUGUACAGUCAAGAUACCCCAGUCAUCGAUGCAGACGUCUUACAGUGGACUACAGGGGCAUGCAGACGCUGACCAAUAAACGGGGACUCUUUAUUGGAGUGUUGUUGUUUGGUGUUUGCUAUGGGCAGAUAGCGCCCCUCUACGAGGCGCAAUCGAGCCUUACAUCCGGGACUCUAGUAGCAGCGGGCUCCAUCGGCGUCGUGGCGCUUGCAGCGACUGUCGCGGUGGCGGCAUUGUCUGUCCGUAGGGAUGUUAGAAAUUGUCACUGCGAGACAACAACUCAAACUCCAGAGGAGUCCUGUGCUGACAAAUGUGAAGACUUGGUCGCAUCAGAAAGGGCAAAAUAUGAAAAGGAAAACGAAGUGUACAUGCAAAUCAUACAAGGGGUGUGCAGUUUUCAGACAGGAGAUGAUGCAGAUAAUUGCAUCACGUGUUUGAACUACUAUAAUGACGAAGCUCAAUGCCGCUCAGACUCGGAAUGUUUCUUUAGUAAUAGCAAUGGAGUUUGUUUGCAUCAAAGGUUUUUUUGAAAAAAAAAUAAAAGCACUCACUGUAUGCCUGAAUGUUGAUUUAAUGAAUCAAUAAAAUUCAAUCGACUACAUUAACAUGUACUAUUAA